AUGGCAGAUUGGGGUCCGGUGUUGAUAGCGGUGGCGCUCUUCGUACUGUUAACUCCAGGGUUGCUGUUUCAGCUGCCCGGGAAGAGCCGAGUGGUGGAGUUCAACAACAUGCAGACUAGCGGGGUUUCCAUUUUGGUGCACACCAUCAUUUACUUUGGACUCAUCACCAUCUUUCUCAUAGCUAUUGGUGUUCACAUCUACACUGGCGGCGGCGACUAG